CUAUUAGAGGGAGGUAUAAAGCUGAUGGCCUUUCUGGCUGGCACUGUAUCAAUCUUCUCGUUUUGCUUCGCAGGAAUAAGGAAUAGUGCUGGUCACCGUUUUCUAUCGCUAACCGAUUUCAAACUUGGAAAUAUUUGUUGUUCAAUAUGCUUUUGAAAGAAAUCUAUGGAUUAAUUGCACUGUUUGGAGUUCUGUCGGUGGUGAACACGUCUCCAAUAAGAGUAUGGCAACGCUCGGACUCGUCAGAUGUUCUUAACCGGACAGUCGAGACAUUAUCCUCCACCAUCAAUGUCAAUGGUACAGCACCAAGUUCAAACAGUACCUUUUCAUCACCAAUCCAAUCCAUCAAACGCGCUCCUAUGACAUUAUAUGUCACUGGCUGUACUUCAGUCCUGAACAAGUCCCUUGGAAAGCCAGCAGCUGUCAGGAAGCCGGGGCCUUAUUUUCUUAGUCCUCAAGGAGGUUUGUACUUGACACAUCGAUACGAAAAUGCAGAAGCAAUGGCACGCAUUGAACCCACAAAUUGUCUACCUAUCACCAUCAACGGAUUUGUGUCGAAGUUCAUGAUCACCUGUGAGUGGCCUAGAAGUGCCACUCGGAUGGGAGUUUAUUUCUAAAGCGACUGGUGGUAGCUUAUGAAUUUGAUGAUAGUGGUCUUCAGUACGGUUAUUU